CCCUGGCUAUACUGGUGUUAAAACUACAUAGGGAGCACAGCUAUUUGAAGACUCAGAUGAGCAUGGAAACAGAAGAUGAUUUUUAUCAGUCAGAGGAAGACCUGGAUGAAGAUGAGGCAACACAAUAUAUUAUUGAACAAAGUCUAAUUCAGUAUAGAAAACUAAAAGGAUUAAAUCCAAGUGAUCUGAAACCCUGUGAAGACCCUGAUGAGAUUUUUAAAGCAAUCAAGGAGGGUGAUGAGGAUGCCCUGAACAGACUUGCAGCCCAACCAGAGACUCAGUCCAGAGUUGAUGAACGAGGAUGGAUCCCGCUGCAUGAGGCUGCAGUGCAGCAGAAUAAGAAGACAUUAGAGAUUAUCUUUUCAGCAUCACCCCCGGGUGCAGCCCAGUGUCGCACUCUAAAGGGUGAGACGCCGCUGUUUUUAGCUGUGGUCCACGGGCUCAGAGAGAACGCUACAUUCCUUUUACAGAAUGGUAGUAACCCAGACCUCCAGAAUGAUGAGCAGGAUUCUCCAUUAGUGGCAGCUAUUCUAAAUGAUCAGUAUGAUUUGGCCACGCUGUUGCUUCGUUACAGUGCCAAAAUAGACCAAACAGGACCACUGAACAGGACGGCUCUACAUGAGUGCGCUUUUUUAGGUUUGGAGAAUUUUGUGCAUCUGCUCUUAGAGUCUGGUGCCAACCCAAACGCAUGUGACAUUAAAAAGAAAACUCCACUGGCUCUGGCUGCACAGAAUGGACAUCUGAAUGUAGUGGAGGUUCUGUUACAGAAAGGAGCACAUGUGUGGUGUGAAUCAGAAUCGGGUACUAUUUUGUUUGAUGCAGCAGCAUCAGGAAACCCUGACGUAAUCUCCCUGCUGCUGGAACAUGGUGCAGAUCCAAAUGUACCCCUUUAUAGUGGGCACCUGCCAAUUCAUCGAGUGGCAUACCAUGGACACAGACUGGCACUGGAACACCUCAUCCCAGUGACUAAGCUGCAUGCUGUAAAGGAAAGUGGGAUGAGUCCUCUCCAUUCUGCAGCUGCUGGGGGACAUGCCCAGUGUGUGGAGAUCCUGCUCAAAGCCGGCUAUGAUCCAAACUUCAUGCUGCACCCAAGGGUCCGCCGCAACUAUGAUGAUGACCGCAAGUCUGCCCUCUUUUUUGCUGUGUCCAACAAUGACCUCCAAUGCACCCGCUUACUGUUAGAGGCUGGGGCACUCGUGAACCAGGAUCCUAUCAACUGUCUACAGGUGGCUCUUAGACAGGGCAAUUAUGAACUGAUCAACACUUUGCUGAAGUAUGGGGCAAAUGUCAACUACUAUUCCCGUGUCAACACCACUCACUUCCCCUCAGCGCUGCAGUAUGCUUUAAAAGAUGAGGUCAUGCUGAGAAUGAUCCUGAACCAUGGUUAUGAUGUGAAGCGCUGCUUUGACUGUCCAUAUGGUGACAUUUCCCAUGAUUACACUGCUUGGACAACCUCAGUAAUCAAAGACAUGGUGUUCUGUGAGGUGAUAACAGUAUCCUGGCUGAAGCACUUAUCUGCCCAGGUAGUGCGCAUCAUGCUUGACUACACUGACCAAGUCUCCUUCUGCACCAAACUUAAGGACACCCUGCAGGAGCAGAAACAGUGGCCAGAAAUCUGCCAUAUUCAAAGAAAUGCACGAAGCCUGAAGCACCUGUGUCGCCUGCGGAUAAGGGAGCACCUCAAUCGCCUGCGCUUGAGAGCACCAGUUUUUAUCAGCUUCCUUCCUCUUCCUCCUAGGCUGAAAGAUUAUCUGCGCUACAAGGAGUUUGAUAUUUACAGCAGGGGCAGCAUGAUUAUCCCCUGA